AUGCUUUGUUUGCUUUUAUUCGGUGGUGUCUCGCUUGCAAAGCUGAUUUGCCCCGAUCCUAAUCCUUUGAAUUGCUAUCCUGAGCUUUUUGAGCCUUCUACUGAUUGGAAACCAGUCAAAGAGGGACAAAUCAUUCCUGGCGGACUAGAUAUACGGCUGAAUAUAGACACACUUGAACGAGAGGCUAAACUUACGGGAAAUAGCCAGCCAAACGAGAACGGCGCUGUGAUUGUUCCAGAAGACAUUAUGGAAUUAGAUGAAGAACAAAACCUGUCUGAAGCCCUUCGUUACCUGUCCAAAUUUGUGGAUCAUGGAGUUGGCGAUUCAGCUACUUUACUAAGGAAACUGGAAUUUAUUUCGGAGAUGAGCUCCGACUCCGACUAUGGUGUUGACACCAUGCAAUAUAUACAGCCAUUGAUCCGAUUAUCUGGCCUGUAUGGCGAAGAAGGACUGAAACAAAUCGAUGAUGAAAAUCGCGAUGAAAUUAGGGAGCUGGCUACUAUAAUAUUGGCAUCUUCUUUGAGAAAUAAUCCAGAAGCACAACGAAAGUUCCUACAAUAUUUCUCGGAUCCCAUGGACUUCGUUGACCAUCUUACUGCGAAAAUACAAAAUGAUGUGCUCUUAAGGCGAAGACUAGGGAUACUUGGGUCGUUACUGAAUAGCGGAUCGUUGAUUGAUGGGUUCGAGUCUAUCAAAAAGAAGCUGUUGAUCUUGUAUCCUCAACUGGAAAAUCAAGCCACCAAGCAGCGACUCAUGCACAUUAUAAGUGACAUCACAGGAGACGUUGAGGAUGAAGACAUGGAUCGUCAAUUUGCCAAUAUUGCACAGGAUACAUUGAUUGACCAAAAGGCCCUCGACGACGGCACGCUGACACUCUUAGAUGAACUAAAGAAAUUAAAAUUGAACAACAGAAACCUUUUCAAAGCCAAAUCUGAAUUUUUGGAGUGGCUGAAUGUGCGAAUGGAGGCAUUAAAAGCGGCCAAAGACCCGAAGCUAGAAGAGUUCCGAUCUCUUCGACACGAAAUUUUCGGCAACCCGAAAGCUAUGCGAAAGAGCUACGAUGAGCUAUGA